GCUGGGGGGGGAAGCGCUCGGGAAGGCUGGAGGCUGGGGAGCCGCGCCAGCCGGGGUUCCGAGCUAUCAAAGGCAAUUACGUGAAAAUAGAUUAGGCUGUGUAAAUUGAGCCGUUUAGAAGGCGAGAGGCAAAGGAACGGCUCGGAUCCCCCCCCCCUUCCGAAAUUGCAGUUUUAGUUCCUUGCGAUUCUGCGGCACAAAAGCGGUCUCACCUACUUUUGUAUCUGCAAAGUGCUUUAUUUCUGAGUGUAAUUCUAACUGAGUGCAAUCUAGGUUAAAAGCUGGACAACUGGGUAAUUAGAGCUCACUUGCUGCUAAAGGACGAUCAGCUGUACCGUAGCUCAUUUGUGUUCCCAGAGACUUGUUCUCUCCUCCCCUGAGCGGAGGCUGCCGGAGAAGAAGCAUCUGUCCCCGGACCCUUCCUGACUGCCGAGAUGAUGGUGCUGGACAAGGAGGACGGUGUGCCGAUGCUAUCUGUACAACCCAAAGGGAAGCAGAAGGGCUGUGCUGGCUGCAACAGGAAGAUCAAGGACCGGUACCUGCUGAAGGCCCUGGAUAAGUACUGGCACGAAGACUGCCUAAAGUGUGCCUGCUGCGACUGUCGUCUUGGAGAGGUUGGAUCAACUCUUUACACAAAAGCGAAUCUCAUUCUUUGCCGCAGAGAUUACCUGAGGCUCUUUGGUACCACCGGGAAUUGCGCUGCCUGCAGUAAACUGAUCCCUGCCUUUGAGAUGGUGAUGAGGGCCAGAGAUAAUGUUUACCAUUUGGACUGCUUUGCCUGUCAGCUCUGCAACCAGCGAUUCUGUGUGGGAGACAAAUUUUUCCUGAAGAACAACAUGAUCUUGUGUCAGAUGGACUAUGAGGAAGGGCAGCUGAACGGGAGCUUCGAGUCCCAGGUUCAAUAACAAACCCUGCUUCGCUGGAGCACUGUGGAUGGACGCUCGGCCGCACCAGCAGCGAGGCGUCUGUCAGCUUGCCUGCAAUAUUUUUUUAAUUCUUGGUCCAGAGAGGACUAUAUACAUUGUAGUACUUUUCCCCCCCAACACAAAGCAGUUACAAUUUUAGAUGUACAGUUGUGCCUGCUUAGCUGAGCACUGCAUUGCCUGUAUGUUUGUGAGUUUUUGGGGUCUGGGGGAGGGCUCUGUACAGUCUGUUUUCUGUAUAUAAACUGGAACAUUUAUUUUAUGAAAAAUGUAAUGCAAUUUUAUUACUGGUGUGAAUUAAAAAUUAUGAAUGUUUGCUGGUCA